GUGUAUCAAUGGAUGAAAUGACAGAACAUUUCAUUAAGAGAGGAUAAUCUUCAUUACAAGAAAAUGAAGCAGAUGACACUUCAUUUAUAGUUUAGCUUAACCGACUAAACUAACCAUGUAUUACAAGCGCACCUACACAAGACACGUGUGUGCUGACAGAGUAAUAAAAUGGUAAAGAGGGAAAUGAAGACUUAAAAAUACUUAUCCUUCACUGCUUCUCACGCUUAUCCUGCACCACUGUACCAUUGUUAAGAAGUAGGAGAAGUUGUAGAUAAGUUACUGGAAGAGUGGAAACCGGAGGAAUUUGAAGUUAGAGAAGUUGUAGAUAAUUAUUUAGAUACUACUUCACUUUUUCAUGGAGAAACAUCAACACUCAGAUUCAGCCUAGCAUAGGAGAUGAAGAUAUGCUGGACAACUACUGAAACUUUUUGAGGUAAGGAUUUUUUUGCAGAGUAAAAGUCAUCCCCACGUGACUCUGUAAUUCAAAACUUCAACUAACAGUUUCGCAUGAUUUUGAUAUCUACUUCAACUAACAGUUUUAGCUUGACUUUCUCUUUGCUUGAAAAACUCAUGUUUAUUAAUGUCAAGUUAAGUUCAAACUCGACUUUCAAGUCAAGUUUCCCGAAGAAGAAGAAUAUCAUAAAGAAUGGAGAGCGUACAUGGGUGGCAAGUGAUUUCUGUAUUUGGUAUUCUGUUUUGGAUUUUGAUGUCCUCAUUCUUAAAUUUAACUCAGAAGAUUCGAUGCAUAACCCAACCAUGGGUCACUCGACAAGUCAUCAAUGAAACUCCCUUCAUUCUUCGGAUUCAGGGUGCUCAACAUGGUUUCUUGGAUGCUCUAUUCUCUACUCUAUCUUGGGUUGUUUCUGUACCGUUUUACACUGCUUGUCUUCCUCUUCUGUUCUGGAGUGGACAUGGCAAAUUGGGUAGACAGCUGACGUUACUGAUGGCUCUAUGUAAUUAUAUAGGUAACGUAAUUAAGGAUUUGGUAUCAGCUCCAAGACCAAGUUGUCCACCUAUUAGGAAGGUAACGGCUACAAAAGAUGAGAAAGAAAGUGCACUGGAAUAUGGAUUUCCUUCUUCCCACACUCUUAGCACAGUGUGCUUAUCAGGAUGCUUGCUUCAGUAUGUUUUGGACUACAUCGAUUGCGGAGAUGAUUCCUUAAUAUUGAUUGGGGUUGCAAUUGCUUGCUUAUUUGUGGGGCUUAUGGGCUUUGGAAGAAUUUACCUUGGUAUGCACAGCCCCAUUGAUGUCAUUGGUGGACUCGUUAUCGGUCUAGUAAUCCUAAGAAUUUGGCUGAUGGUUCAUCAUCAUGUUGAUCAAUUUAUACUCUCGGGACAGAAUGUUACUUCCUACUGGGUCACCCUUAGUCUCUUACUGUUAUUCGCGUAUCCAACUCCAGAGUUUCCAACUCCAAGUUUUGAAUACCAUGCAGCCUUCACUGGCGCUGCAUUAGGAAUUGUAAUUGGAGUCCAGCAAACUUACCUUCAAUUUCACCAUGAAAAUGUUCCACGCCUCUUCACCCCACAAUUAAGCCUUGGGCUUUACAUGAGAAGGAUGGCCGUCGGCGUUCCUAUCAUGCUAAUUGUUAAAUUAUGCAUCAAGAAUCUAUCUAAAUGGGUACUCCCGGUGGUAUGCAACACUCUGGGAAUCCCAAUAAGAUCAUCUUCGUACAUCCCAGCAAUAACCGUGAAGACUGCAGAUGAAAAAAAUGACACAAAGACACAGCCUGGUUAUCUCAGUAUGAUCUUGCUAUUUCCUCCAGACUCUUUCGAUGUCGACACAGGUAUACGGUUCUGUCAAUAUGCAGGACUGUCGUGGUCAGCCGUGAGUUUAGUUCCAUGCUUGUUUCCUCACCUCUGGCGUUAAGAAGUGGCGCAAAUUUAUAAGAGCAUCUCCAAUACAAGGGGUCAAGAUUACCUUAGACGGAGGUCUUAUUAAUAUCUCUUUUUGGAAUUCUGUUACUGGGGCCGCAAUCUCUAUGGGAAUUGGGGGUUUCAUAUGAUACUAGUAUCCUAAAAGUGGCUAGGGGGAGACCUAGUCAAUGUUAAAAGUCAGAUUUGCCCUUUCAUCAAUCUUAUUACCUAAAAUCAAAAUUAAUUCAAAAUUCAAAACAAACUUAAUUCAACAGCAUCUUUCUCUCU